UGAAAGUAAGAUGAUUGGCUGCAGUGAGUCUCAGUCUCAAUCAGCCACGUGGAGCUGCAGGAGGCGCAGUGUGUGGCGCAUUGAGUUCAGAUCAGCACCUCCCGCGCGCGCACACACACGUACACACUCAGGGUAGGGAGGACACGCACACACACACACACACACACAGUUUUUUUCCCCCUCUAAAUCCGGACAGAGUGUAGAAUGAGAUAACAGGGCUGCAGGAAAUCCCCGGGAUUCGUGUCACCGGGACAGUGGGAUGAGUGAGUCUGAGUGGAUUUGGACUUUGAUGCAGCAUUUCGGAGAAAUUUCACCUGCCAGGUCUCAUUUAGCGCUCGGGCAGGAAGGAGACUGAAAUUUUCUAAACUGAAAAAAGAAAUAAAAAAGCGCACGAUGGAAGUUUGCAAAGGGAGAAUGCUGGGCAUCUCGGUGGCGAUCGCGCACGGCGUUUUCUCCGGUUCGCUCAACAUCCUGCUGAAGUUCCUCAUCACCACCUACCACUUCACGUACCUGACCCUCAUCCAGUUUCUGACCAGCUUCACGGCGGUGAUGACGCUGGAGAUCCUGCGCCGGAUCGGUGCCGUGAACAUCCCGCCGCCGAGCGCGCGCCUGGUCCGGGUGUUCGCCGGAGUGUGCGCGCUCUCCACGCUGCAGUCCACGCUCACCCUGUGGUCUCUGCGCGGCCUCAGCCUGCCCAUGUACGUGGUGUUUAAGCGCUGCCUGCCGCUCGUCACGCUCGCUGUCGGGGUGUGUGUGCUGCGGGACGGAGCGCCUUCAGUCGGGGUCACCGUGGCUGUGCUCAUCACCACCGGCGGAGCGGCACUGGCGGGUGCAGGAGAUCUCACAGGCGACCCCUUUGGCUACGUGACAGGCGUUUUAGCUGUCAUUAUCCACGCCUCAUACUUGGUGCUCAUCCAAAAGACGAGCGUGGACAGCGAGUACGGCCCGCUGACAGCUCAAUACAUUAUCGCUUUGGUGGCCUCACCCGUGCUGCUUGUCUGCUCCCUCGUGAGCAUGGACGCCAUCGACAUGUGGACCUACGAGGGCUGGAAUAAUCCAUCCAUCACUGGAAUCUUCUGCGUCUGCGUCGUGAUUGGCUGCGCCAUGAACUUCACCACACUGCACUGCACGUACAUCAACUCGGCAGUGACGACCAGCUUCGUGGGGGUGGUAAAGAGCAUCGCUACCAUCACAGUGGGCAUGCUGGCUUUCAGUGAUGUCGAGCCCACCAACCUGUUUAUAGCCGGCGUGGUGGUCAACACCGUCGGCUCCAUCACCUACUGCAUAGUGAAGUACUACGAGACCCAGAAGAAGCUCAGCUACCAGGACAUGGACAAGACCGUGAAGGACGAGGAACCACCCGGAGAGCCAUACGUGGAUCCUCCUUCCAAACCUGAUGGAGAUGUGGAGAAUUUUCCAAAUGGCUGCCUGACUGAAUCGCAGGAAGACAGUGACCGGGGUCAUGUGUGUGAGUCUAUAGAGUUACAAACAUCAGCGCAGGUGCCAGAGAGCAAACCUGAAAACCAGAAUUUAAGUGACAAUUUUGUGGGCGUGUGGAGAUCAGUGCGCACCUUAAAGUUCCUUAAGAAAGACACUUUACUGGAUAACAUGGAGGUGCAGAGUCCUUGAUGAAGGUUAAGAGAGAUGCAUGCUAAGUUAAAACAUUC